UUCGCCGGAGUGGGCUGGUCCAUUGUGCCGUCCCGGAGAGGGGGGGCCAGGGAAUGCCAACUCGGAACAUUCAGGAAGGAAAGUAGAAGCCGUCAGACUGGUCUCCACCUUCCCGAGGUGAGGAAUGGAGCGCUCCAGGAACUACGUCCUCUUCGAAAAGUUUCUAACUUCAACAAUGUUUUUCAGAAAAACAACAGGUUACGUGUAGACAGAUUAUCACGGAGCAAGAAGGUUAAUUUGACUAGUUAAUUGUUCAUGAAAGAAAAAUGGCGUCCGAGCUGAAACUGAACGGGAACGAACUUCUGGAAGUUGACAUAUGCGACGGCGGCGUUGGCUCCGAAGACGAGAGCGGCGUCUGUGUCAACUCCGCCGCCUCUUUACAGGAGGAUUUCUCCGGCUUUCAGGGGUGGACGAGUCCCGCAGCCGCCGCCGCCGCCGCCGCCGCCUCCGUGUCACCAAAUGACACAUCAUCACCAUCAUCUCCGGGACAGCAGGAGGUGUCUGAAGGGCAUGAACCUCCACCUGGCACCGCCGCCGCCGCCUCCGCCGCCGCCACCGCCGCCGCCUCCCUCAGGACCAACCCGGCCGGGGACAGUGACUGUGAGUCCGUGGGAGAUGGGGUCAGGGCUCAGAGGACCUCCAUAGUGGACUGUCUCCUGGUGGAGCUGUACGACACGUACAGCGGGGGCGGCCGGAGGAACGGGGACAGCUGGGACAGCUCCACCGAGGCGUCCGGGUCGGACGCCUUCCUGGGCCGCAGCAACUCCGGGUCCAGCUUUUUGCAGGAGCUGCAGGAGAAACACACCAGGAGGCACCAGAUGAACUACCUGGCCCAGAAAGCCCCAGAGGAGCUGCUCUCCAUCAUCCAGGAGGUUAAAUACCGUACAGGCCUCCAGUCGGCCAAGCUGAUCCGCCAGCUGAAGAGAAGAGACCGACUCUGCCACAAGAUGCAGAAGAACUACGACAUCAUCACGGCGUGUCUCCAGGCCGUCUCUCAGAAACGACGAGUUGACACAAGGCUGAAGUUUACCAUCGAACCAUCGCUUGGGAAGAAUGGAUUCCAGCAAUGGUAUGAUGCACUGAAAGCUGUGGCCAGGCUUCCCACUGGAGUACCAAAGGAGUGGAGGAAGAGGGUUUGGCUGACGCUAGCGGACCAGUACAUCCACAGCAUCUCCAUCGACUGGGAGAAGACGCUUCGUUUCGCCUUCAACGAGCGAAGCAACCCGGACGACGACUCCCUCGGCAUCCAAAUCGUCAAGGAUCUGCACCGGACGGGCUGCAGUUCUUACUGCGGCCAGGAGGGGGAGCAGGACCGGGUGGUGUUGAAGAGGGUGCUGCUCGCCUAUGCACGCUGGAAUAAAGCGGUGGGCUACUGCCAAGGCUUCAACGUGUUGGCUGCACUUAUACUGGAGGUUACGGAGGGAAGCGAGAGCGACGCACUGAAGGUGAUGAUCUAUCUGAUCGACAAAGUGCUGCCCGACAGUUAUUUUGCCAACAACCUGCGUGCGUUAUCAGUGGACAUGGCCGUGUUCAGAGACCUGCUGCGUCUGAAGCUGCCCCGCCUCUCCCAGCACCUCCACCACCUCCAGAAAGCAGCCAACCGAGAAGCCGGAGGGAGCUACGAGCCUCCGCUCACCAAUGUCUUCACCAUGCAGUGGUUCUUGACCAUGUUCGCCACCUGCCUGCCGGCCCCCACCGUCCUGAAGAUCUGGGACUCGGUUUUCUUUGAGGGAUCCGAGGUGUUGUUUCGGGUCGCACUCGCCAUCUGGGAGAGACUGGGAGAGAGGAUAGAGUACUGCCAGUCCGCCGAUGAGUUUUACAGCACGAUGGGCUGCCUCACUCAGGAGAUGCUGGAGCACAACCUCAUCGACCCCACAGACCUCAUGCAGGAGGUCUACUCCAUGGCGGUGUUUCCGUUCCCCCAGCUGGCUGAGCUCAGAGAGAAAUACACCUACAACAUCACUCCUUUCCCCACCUCUGUGAAAUCCAACGGAAGUGGUGGUGUUGGUGGUCCGGGCGGCUGGGAGAGCGACGACGACGCCGACAUGGACGACGAGGACUCGGUGGUGACGGCGCUCGGGUGUCUGGGGCCCCUGGGCGGCCUGUUGGCCCCGGAGCUGCAGAGAUACCAGAAACAUCUCAAAGACCAGCGAGGGGAGCAGGGGAACAUCGCAGAGCUCAGCCCAGGUGCAGUAGGAGCUGGAGGAGGAGGAGGAGGAGGUGGAGGAGGUGGAGGAGGUGGCGUGUUAGGAGGCGCGAAGGCGGAGCACCAAGCGGCCAUCAACAGCAUGAUGAUGGAGAGGAUGAGCACCGACAUCUCGGCUCUGAAGAAGCAGUACGCUCGGAUCAAGAGGAGGCAGCAGCAACAGGCCAUGCAGCUGUACAUACGCACAGAAAAGUGUCCCGCAACCCGUGUCAUGGCCUCUCAGCUCAACCCCUCCAGUGCAGCCAUUAACCACCUCCUUCUGGGCCGCAAACCACGAGGUCCCCGAAGCGUCACGCCCACCUCCCCGCUGCAGGGGGCUCGACCUUUUUCUCUAGCCCAAAACCAGAGCGCCUCCUCCUCUUUGGCCAGGCAGCGCUGCGGCUCGCUGCCGUCCAACAGCACUGGAUCUCCAGGGAGCUCUGGAGGAGGCGGGGGGUCACCUUGGCGCGCCCACGUCAGGCAACACCGGAGGAAUAUAGCCAGGGCCCGAGCACAGCUGGGAUUUGGAGAUUCAGAGGAAAAGGAAGAUGACGAGGAGGAGGAAGAAGAAGAAUCAGAAAGGUUGGAGGAGGAGGAUGAUGAAGAUAGGAAGAUUGAGGAAAAUGAAGAAGAUGAUGAGCAGAAAGAGAGGAGGGACUCUUUUGCACCUGUGUCUCCUGAUUCCUCAGUAUGUGAAGAAGCUCCACCGUGUUCAGACGUAAUAAAAGAAGCAGAUGUUGCAGAGGUGGUGGUGCAGCUGGAAUCUCUGGAUCUAGAGCAUGAAUCUCACCUAACUUCCCCCAGCGACUCGACCCCCGACACCCAACCCCAGGUAUCAGAGUCUAAACCUGCUCCUCAGGUUCCUCUUCUCCCUCCGCCGCCGUCCUCGAUCAGACACAGAGAGUUCGACUCCUCAGGUUCAGACAGAACCUCUGCACCAGAAAGACACUUUCUGCACAACUCCCACAACAACUCUUCAUCACCUUCCACUCCGAGCCCAUCGCCAUCUCCGGCUCCUACCCCGACUUCUCUCAGCCCGUCCUCUCCAUCCUCUCCCACACUGUCCUCCACUCCACUGCCUACUUCCCAACACCUCCCAUCAUCCUCCUCAGCCAACGGCUUAUCUACCCUCUCCCUUCCUGCCUCCUCUACCUUUUACAAAACUAGCUCCCCCUCCACGCCUUCGCUCUCCUCUACCUCCUCCUCCUCUAGAUCUCACAUCCCCUCUUCUCCGUCCACCCCAGCGUUCUCGUCAUCCACCAAACAACAAGUCUUCUCUCCAUUCCCGUCCGUGAAGCCGCCCAGGAAAUCUGCAGCGGCCAGGAACCUCGGCCUGUACGGCCCCACGUCCAGAACACCCAUGGUUCACUUCCCUCAGCUCAGUCGGAACCUCAACCGUAGCAGUGCUGCCGGGGCCACCGGGAGCCGAUGAAAUCCUCCCCCCACCCCCCAAUACCCACUGAUGCUACAUGAAAUUAUGAAAACCACUCUACAACAACACCACGUUGCCUCCUGCAUAUCAAGAAAACACCUCGCAUCUUACUGGGCGUGGAGUGAAAGUUGUAGAAAUGUGUCCAGAAAGUCCAGAUAUGUGGAGAUUAAAUAAACCUUUACAUCCUGAAAUCCAUAUAAGCCAUUACAGACUUAAAUGUGAAGGAAAUGUGUCUGUUGUUUCAACUGCAUUGGUACGAUACUUCUGAAGAGUUAGGGAAGCUAUCAAGCCCUUUACAGUGGCCUAUACAUGAUAUAAUGCAUAAUGUUACAUAAGAUAAAGUGAUGUUAAGGUGAACUUUUUCAUAGACUCCACAGUUUCUUGGCUGAGAUUAUCUCACACUGCAUUUGUGAAACAUGGAGAGAUUCUGGCCUGGACAAGUGCUUCCUUCUGGACUUGUAUGCACCAUGAAUAACAACAUAAUGUAGUAUCGUUUCCUAUAAGUUUGCACAAUAGCCAUCCAGCUGUUUCUAUGCCAAGUAUUUAAUAAUAACAACAACACAUGUAUCAAGAUAUACCUGAGAAUUUCUGUAAAUGACAAAUCCAUAAAGGUUUUGUGUCUGAACGAUGUCCAGAAGCACCAGACAUUUUCCUUUUCUUGUAAAAAUGAUUCUCAAUGUAAUGUACUCCCCCAUCCCACUUGUUGAACACGAGGAUCAGUCGUGACGUAAGAGUGAACAAGAAUGCCAUGUUGUGUUUUGAUGGUUGGGCCAGUUGAUUACUGUGUAAAUGAAAUGUGUUGAAUCUAAACAUAAAACAGAAAGUUUUCUGUCUGAAA